UCUUCCUCUUUUCUUUAUUUUCAAGGGAAAGGAUAAAACAAAAAACAACAACAACACUACAACACCUCAUCUGCGCACGCUGUCUGCCUUCAAAACACAGAAAACCUGUAUUUUGUCAUUGAACAUCUCGACACCCAGUGCUACUGCUAAGUCAAACAGAAGAAAAUGCCGAAGGGGAAGAAGAAAUUUAUUGAUAAAAAGAAUGCUGUCACUUUCCAUUUGGUUCAUCGAAGUCAGCACGAUCCCUUAACAGCCGACGAUAAAGCACCUCAACAUGUCCUGGUAGCUGCCCCUGAAAAGAAAAAGAAGAAAAGCGAAGAGGAGGAACAAAAGUUUGGCAUUUUCUUUGAUGAUGAUUAUGAUUACCUUCAACAUCUUCGCGAUACUUCUAAACAAUCUAUUCAGUGGAUUCCUGUUGAUACAGGCAAUAAUUCUAAUGCCAGAAUCUUGAAAAAGAAGAGCAAAGAUAAUGACGAUGAAGGGAGCUCUGACGAAGAAGUUUACAUUGUUGAGCGUCCAAAGCAGCUUACUUUGCCUUCCUCAGUAUUUGCUUCAGAGGUUGAAGAAGAAGUUGGAUUGUUGAACAAAGCUGCACCUCAGUCAGGACUAAGAUUGGAUUUAGACCCAGACAUUGUUGCUGCUAUGGAUGAAGAUUUUAACUUUGAGGAUCCUGAGAAUGCAUUGGAGGAUAACUUUAUGGAGCUGGCAAAUGCUUCUGGGGCUUCUGACGACGACGAUGAUGAUGAUGAUGCGAGUAUUAAUAGUGAUUUCAAUAUGAGUGAUGAUAACUUUGAUGAAGACGUAAGUGAUGGUGUAAACAGUGAAUCUCGGGAUGAACUAGGCAGUCUAAGUGGGCCGUGCCAGUUUGAAGAUGAAGAAACAAAGUCACGAUUCACAGAAUAUUCCAUGAGUAGUUCUGUCAUGAGGCGGAACCAGCAGUUGUCUCUCUUAGACAAUAGAUUUGAAAAGAUAUUUGAAGAAUAUGAUGACAAUGAAAUAGGAGCAUUAGAUUGUGAAGAAAUUGAAGGAUAUGUCCCUCCUACUUCAGAGCUGCUUCUCCAAUGUGCUGCUGAGUUUGGGAAAGAGAAACUCCCUAAGGAAGACACAGAUGGAGUUGAAAAACCAAAUGUAGAUACAAUGUGUUCUUCAGAUUCUGAAGAUGAUUUUCGUGAUAUUGAGAUUAAAGGAAAUGAUGAUGAAGACAAGUGGGACUGCCAGUCAAUUUUAUCCACAUAUUCUAAUAUAUACAAUAGGCCAAAAUUGAUAUCCGAAAGAAAUUCUAACACAGGAAAGAUUCGUAUCUCAAAAAAAACUGGUUUGCCAAUUGGAGUGUUUGAUUCAGGAAGUGGGAAGCUAACAAUGAAAGCCCUUGCAAAACUUGAUGCAGAACAGGAGAGGGUCCCUCAAAAUGCUGCUGGCAGAGCUGAGUCAGUUAUUUCCACUCUUUCAACUCUUUCCAUAAGACCGAAAGAGGAAACUCCUGAAGAAAGGAGACAGAGGAAAAAGAUGCUCAAGGAGUACAGACGGGAAAGGAUAGGAGAACGGAAAGCAAAUACAGCAGCCUUCAAGGAGGAGAAGAAAAGGCAAGAAAAGAUCAUUCUUAAUAACAAGAAGAAUAUUCCUACUACACAUAUUCUAUAGUCUUUUCGGUUGUUACAAAAUUGUAAAUACUCUAUUCUGUCUACUCAUGGGUAAACCAUGAAGUCCUACUUGUUAAUAAAAACUCCAAUGCGA